GUAUACACGGAUUGAAAAUAAUUAAGUCCAUGUAUCAGUAUUCAGCAAGUCAGUUAACAUCCAGUGCUCAAGCUCAAAGUGUCAUUUCAUACGCAAUUUUAAAUUCAAAUUAUAUACUAUUCUAACUCUUCUUUAAUAAGAAAUAUUACAUCAAAAUUACACAGCAAUAAACAUAUAAUAUAUAAUACGCUAUAUACACAUCUUAAAUCAAAUACCUAGUUAAGCCUAGCUGAUACUUAUAAGUUAUAACCAUGGCUUCAAUGCUGUCAUUUGUGCUGGAAAACGUACCCAGUAAUUGGGAACAAUUAAGCAACUAUGAUACAAGUUAUAUUUUAUUUGACGUACAAGACCUUAGUAUAGAAUCAAAACACGUAAAGGCAAUGUUUGAAUUAACGUUAUUAAACAUUAAUAGUAUUCGGAGAGUGCAAAAUCCUUUUCAAUAUGGUCGGUUCAAGUUGCGACAAGAAAUGCUGAAUAAUAAUUCAGUGGAGACAGUGUUUCAUGUUAUACACGUAAGCGACUUAGAAACAGCUUUAAAGUACACGUGUGACUAUAGGAGAUAUAAAAACAGAUAUGGAUUUGAAACUGUAAAUAAACACCCACGAUUUUAUUCCGAUGCCCAGAACGCUGUUUUCAACCAGUCUGCAUUAAUGUUGAACAAUAGUUGCGUAUUGGUUGUCAAUAAAAUACGUGGUGAAACUAAGACUCAAAGUGAUUAUUAUAUUCAAUAUGUAGUUGAUUUUAAAUAAACUUCAAUAAAUCUAUUAAUAUUGGCUCUGCGUAACUAUUAACUAUACUUAUAUCAUCAUAUCAAUGUACAAAUAAAUAUAAAUAUUUAAAAAAACAAUAUUUACCUAUAUAUUUUCAUUUAUUUUUGAAUAUGCAUAUUAAUUAUUUUUACUAUAAGAAAAAUAGAAAAAUAGUUACUAAUAUACCUAUGUAGGUAUAACAUCAUGUUGAUAUUAUUUUAAAUUAUAAAAGUCAUAACAUAGGUAUUAAAUUAUCAUAAUAUAUUAUAAAGUACAAUUUUAACUACCUAUACUUAAUAAACUAUAAUUUAACUUUUAGUAUACAUUUGAAUCUAUCUCGAAAUUAUUAUGAUAAAUUGAUAAAUAUACUAAUUAAUAAUUGUUAAAAAUACUAUGUAUAAUAUUGAUUUAUAUAGCUAAUAACUAAUAAUUAAUAACUGUAUUGGUUGUUCAGAUCAAUGUUUAUGUUAAAUAUUAAUUGUAAAACAAAAAUUACUAUACCGAAUUUGAUUAAAUAAAUAUAAUCAUACAUAUGUGCAUGUGUGUUCCUCAGUAACAACUACAAUUAUUAAUUUUACAUAGACUUCAUUCCUCAAAUGGCUCAAACUUUAUAUUUUAUUUUAUUUUGAUUAAUUAAAUAUAAUUUGUUAUAAUAUAUAAGUAUAACAAUAUUUUAAACUGUAAUGUAACAAUAUGUUUAUUAAUAAAUAAUAUAACACAAAAUUUAAUAUUUUUAC